UUAAAACAAGAAAAGAAUUGGAUAAAGCCCUCCAAAGUCACAGUUUUGAAUUUACAGAACCGUUGAUAUCCUCUCAUUUUCUCUUUCUCUGUGCCUCACUGUCUAGUCCGAUCUCUUCUUGAGAAACAUCAAACAUGGUAUUUCCAUGAAUGAGGUAUGUAGAGACAUCAUCAUCAUCAUUACUAAAAUUGGUGAAAUUUCGUCACAAGCAGGCACCGACGAAAAAUUUUAGAGCAUCGCCGACUUGACGGUUGCCGUUAUUGACUCUUUCUCUUUCUACCUUGGGAAUAAAUUUCUCCAAAACAAGCAUGUUUUGCUGACCACUACUCUACUUCUCUUCCACUGGGUUUUAGACUUUCGAAUUCAGAGUUUCCCAGAUUAUCAUGGCGUCUUUGCAAGCCAGAACAGGAAGAGAGAAACAACGCUACGAGGGUCAACUUAGGCUCGUUGCAGGCUGUAUUCCUUACAGGCUUGAGCAGAAUGUUGAGGUUUGCUAUAGCAAUUCAGAGAAUAAAUUGCUAGUUCUUAUGAUUUCUUCACCAAAUCGGAAGGAUCUUGUGUUUCCAAAGGGUGGAUGGGAGGAGGAUGAGAAUAUGCGUGAUGCUGCAUGUCGCGAGGCGUUGGAGGAAGCAGGAGUGAAAGGAAUACUUAGUGAAAACCCACUAGGAUUUUGGGUGUUCAGAAGCAAGAGCAGAGAGAACAGCUGCAAUCUGGGAGGAGGUUGUAAAGGCUUUAUGUUUGCAUUAAAGGUGACUGAAGAGCUUGACUCUUGGCCAGAGCAGGCUCUCCAUGAAAGGAAAUGGCUCACAAUAGAGGAAGCAUUCAAAUUCUGCCGUUAUGAUUGGAUGCGGGAUGCUCUUAACAUAUUUUUGACAACUUUCUCAAAGGAAAAGCCAAUGGGGAUGAGAGAAGAAUCAGUGGAGCUACCUAUAAGGCCACUUUCAGAUGCUGGUGAUGAGUGUCAAAUGGCAUCAUCUGGCUGCUUUGGUAAGCCUUCUAGUGUUCAACACCUUCAGAAUUCUUCUAGCAAAUGCAUUGUACAGGGUUAACAAGUUGAAUACAUCUUUGUAGUUGAAUACAAUGGUAAUCAUUUUCGGACUGUCUUGCCUUAGGAUAGGCUUGUACAUUUUUGUUAUUAGAUUAAAUUUGAAGAAAUGAAAACUAAUUUAUUUUUGUUGUA